CCCUAUUGGGUUGCCAUAAGAAAACAUGGCGACCUGAGUGUGUCCACUACGCAUGUGUGGUCAUGCCUGCCCGCGUUACCCAAGUCGUGUGUUGACAGCGCCUUCCUCAACACAGGAUUGGAGUUAUUUAUGGUGAGGAGUACAUGAUGACCUCAUGUGCUCGCUCCGUUUUUGAUUUCUCCCCUCAUGAUGAGGCUUUGACAGGACUGAGAGAGGUGAACCUUGCCAAUCAACAUGGUGCUUAUCCAGAACUCACCACUGAAGGAUCAGAACAUAAAGCUCCAGGUGAUGAUGAUGAUGAUGAUGAUGAUGAUGAUGAUGUGCUGGAGGGCAGCGUGCUUCGAGAGGUGUCAGACAGGAUGCUCUGUUCUGCCUGUCGCUGCACCUUCAUCAAUAGAGAAGAACAACUGGAACACUACAAACUUGACUGGCACCGGUUUAACUUGAGACUUAAAAUAUCAGGCUUGACUCCAGUUACGGCUGAGGAAUUUGAGAAGAAAAGUGGAGCAGGGGACAUGUCAAGCAUCUCAGGCUCAGAGUCUGACACAGAGGAGGACGAGUCUGAUGGUGACGAUGAGAGAGGAGUAAGUCGUGAUGUAGCGGCAAGGGAAGACACACCGGAGGCAAGUGUACUGAGCCGGCGUCCUUCAAGCAAGGUGAUUUUCCUCAACUCAGCUGGACAAUACAUCUCGGUCCUCCGAUGCAUUCUUCACAGAAAGCCAGAGGGGGAGCAAGAUCUCGUAUCAUCUUUGAGGUCCAUCACCAAGAACUCCGUGUGGAUUGUUCUCAUGACAGGAGGUGGACAUUUUGCUGCUGCAGUGUUUCAGGGGAAAGAAGUUAUUCAGCAUAAAACUUUUCACAGAUACACUGUGCGUGCUAAGCGCGGCACUGCUCAGUCUGUGAAAGAUUCCCAGAGCCGAAGUCACGCUCCCAAGUCUGUAGGCGCCGCCCUGCGACGCUAUAAUGAAGCGGCAUUAGUCAAGGACAUUCAGGAUCUUCUGGCAAGCUGGUCUACGCACUUAAAUCAGGCCUCUGCUAUUUUCAUUCGUGCCCCAAGCUACAAUAAAAACAUAUUUUUUGGGGGUCGCACGGCACCUUUGGACAGGAAGGAUUCCAGGGUCAGAUCAAUUCCAUUUGCCACACGAAGAGCAACGUUUCGUGAAGUGCGGCGGGCCCACGAUCUGCUUUCCAGUGUGCAGGUUUAUGGUAAAGAUACAGACUUGUCCACCAUCUGCAGUGCGCCUAAGAAAGAAAAGAAAAAGACUCUCAAAGCAACAAUUACUGACAAGACGGAAGUUGACCAUGAAAGCUCAGCAGAGCAAGAAGAAGAAGAAGAAGGUGGGAUCCAACUGGAACUGGUGGAGAUGACUUUGUCUACUCUGGAUCUCAGGGAGUCAGAAGUCUACACUGGCAGAAGUAAGAAGAGGAGGAGGAAAAAGAAAAAGGAGAGUCAAAAGGAUAAAGAGAGUGUGGCUGAUUCUGAUGACAACACUGAGGGUAAAGUCUCAGCUCUUCCAGAGUCAGUAAACAAGAGUCAGGAUGAAGAACCAGUAAAGCAACAAGUGGAAGAUGAGUCGACAGAGUUCGGCCUGAGAGACACGCUUUUUACUGCUUGCAAGGUCGGUGAUGUGGAGCUUUUACGUGGAUUGCUGAAUCCCUCUGAGGAGAAUCAAGAGCAGACUGGGAGCAACAUCGUGGAUCCCUCAAGUCUUAUAACACUUCUCAACAAGCCCAUUGACUUAUCAGGGUUCACUUUGCUGCAUGUUGCCUCUGCAGCUGCUCAGAAGUCUGUGGUUCGCUUGCUGCUGGAGAGUGGAGCAGAUCCUACCCUCAGGAACAACAAAGGACAGACCCCUUACAUCGUUGCGCCUGAUAAAGACACAAGAAACGUCUUCCGUAAAUACCGUGGGGAGAAUCCCGACAGAUACGACUACAACAAGGCUCAGGUCCCUGAGCCACUCACAGCUGAGACUGAAUCAAAGAAGGCUGAGAAGAAAAAGGCUCAAAAGGCUAUGAAAAAGCAGCGUGAAAAAGAUCAAAAGGAGGAGAAAAGGAAGCAAGAGUCAGAGGCCGAGGAGAAGAAGAGGUUUGCUUCUCUUUCUGACCGGGAAAAGAGAGCUCUUGCAGCAGAGAGGCGACUGGCUGAGCAAGCGUCCGCAACCGGACUUGGUGUUUCUAAUAUCAGGAGGUGCUGGACGUGUGGCGAGUCCCUACUUGGGAAGGUUCCCUUCCAAUAUUUGGACUUCUCCUUCUGCACCCCUCGUUGCGUCCAAGCGCAUCGGAAAGCCAACGCUCCUGCAGGGAAAGGCUGACGUGUGGAGACAGUAGUCAGGAGGAAGCUACCUCUAUUGUUGCCAAACUUGAAUCACAUGAUCCUCAAACUUCCUCUUUUAAUUGUAGAGGAGCAAAGUAUCAAAACAGUAAAGUACCUUUGGUUUAUUUGUCAACAGCGAGAUUGCGAAGAAAUGACAAUAUGUUCUUCUUUGCAUUCAUUAAAAAAACAACACAUCUUCAUCCAUAUCCAAUUUGGGCCAACCACAUAUUUACAAAUUAACAUGUCGCUUUCAAGUUGUGCAGCAGGAAGUCCGACUCUAAUGCUCUUACUGCAGAGUGUGCAAUCCCCAAAUUCAUGCCAGUGAUUGUCCUCUGUGGACUUCUCCACAAUCACAAUGCCCUUACUGUUCUCUCAAGCGACGACACAACCGAAACUGUUUAUCCCACUAAAGUGCUUUAACCUGUGGCUCCGAGCUGAGGCCGGUCCAUGAACAGAACCCUUAAAUGUUCCGGUGCCGCCUCCAGCUCCAGCACUGUGAUGUUGUUGGGCCUUGUGGUGCUGAGCAGUGGUCCUGGCACGUAAAGCGUCUGCUGUGGACCUCUGCACAUCCAGUACCGCCCCAGAUUAACACCGUUAAUCCAAACCUGACCCUAUAGAACAGAGGAGAAGAGUUCAGUUCAAGGAUUAUUUGGUUGCCGUCACCUUGACUCACCUUUGUCCACUGAUAGAGUUUGAGGAAAGUGUCUGAGGCCAGGCCGUUGGGCUUCAAAGUUCCCAUGUAAAAGGUUGGUCCUGCAGAAGGUUCAGUUUGGAGGCUGUUGUCUCCAUGAGGCCAUCCAUCAGAAACAGCCCUGUCGAUGUCCAGGGGGAAGAUCAGCCAGUCUUUCAGAACGUCCUCACCCAGAAACAGGUUCUUCAAGAUGCCCUAUUGAGAACAUGACUCUGCUUUUAGAAUGUAUUUUACCCAUCUCAAUUCAGCCAAAACAACCGUGUUAUCUUUUGUCAUUCAACCAUUUAUCUUCAAGGGUUUCAGUUGCUGGGUUACUGGGAAAGCAAUGUGAGCCUCCUGGGCUUGAGAACCUUGUCUUGAUGUCUCAAGUGAGAUGAUGCUAGAGAGUAAGCCUCUCAGUCCUCAGACCUACUAAAGUUGCUGUCCGCAUGACCACUGUCAAUUUAAAUCAACCAACAGUGGACUCUAAACAGGUGAUCUGCUACCUUGUAGUCUUUCAUUUCGCUGCCGAAGUCGACUCUGCCCAUGUUCUCAACAAGAACAUCCAGGGUAUCCCCCUGCUCUCCAGAAAUAUUCAACGCCAGUGAUGUGUCUCUUUCCAAAACGCCCUGGUAAACCUGCUCACAGACACACAAAUCAGGUGGAAUGAUCGGAGUCUUAACUAAUCCUUCCUGAGCUCACCCCAUUGACAGACACAUAGGCCCGGUCAUGAAUCCCGUCGAGAGGAGAGAAAAGCUGCGUCGGAGCCAGUAGAUCCCUCGGCAGCAGAGUGCGAUACAGGAUGUAUCCAUAGAACUGAAGUCACAAGGUCAAGACACCGGCACGACGGGAGUUGUGGUUACUCGUCAUACCUGCUUCAGCUCUUCAAAACUCAAAGGGAUUUUUGAUUUAACCGAACCUCCUGGUGACAACGUGCUCAGCACGCUGGUCAGAUUGCCGACCUGGGAGGAACCAUGUUUCAGGAUCAUAGAGAAACGUAGAAAUAUAGACUUGGCAGCACCUGUCUGAGUGUCACAAAGCCAUAGGCAAAUUUAGGAGUGGCUGGUGGCAUAGGUCCUGAUGGGAUUUCCCUGAACUGAAGAGAAAAACAGUAGAAUUAUUUCAUCCAAAUGAAAUGUUUCACUCCGAGGUUCCACCUGUUUAAUGACGUCCCUGAUGGCCAGCAGCUUCUCUGUGGGGUCUCCAGCUUCAGAAAGCGGAGCAUCGUAGUCGUAACUGGUCAGGACAGGGCGGUACUUGGUGUCGUGAUCAGCUCCUUGAACAGAAGGAUAGCAAGGAUGAGGUAAUAGACAUGCAAGAAAUGUGAGCCUGUUGGUGAGUAGUUUUGUAAACUUCACAUUUGAAGCCAGAUGCAGUAGUUGCUGUGAUGGUAUUAAAGCUUGGGAUUAUAUGGUGGCUGAAUGCACCGCUGGUCAUGAGGAGAGUGUGGCUACCUUGGUUCUUUACUUCCCUGAGACUGAAGUGGGUUUGAUCACAUGCAUGUUUUCAGUUGUACUUCCCCAAAAGUGAUGCGGUGUGACCAUUUGUGGAGGUGACAUUCAAGACUGGAAAUUGUACCUUUAACAUACUAUUAACUCAAGCGUGAUGUAUAUUUUUGGACAUCUCACAAUAGUAAAAAUCUAUCUUUGUGACAAGUGGAGUCCAGAAAGUGAAAAAUGUUACCGUUCCAGUAGCCAAAGUUUGUCCCACCUUCAAACAUGUACCUAAAAGAAGUGGGCAAGUUAUCAAUAAAAUAAACUUUCACAGUUCUUUUUUUAAAAAUGCACACUUACAUAAUCAGAUGGACAAUUUGUUAAUUCAUACAAAUAUAGUUAUGAAUUUUCUGCUACCAACUGCCAUGUAGUGGCUGUGGGGGCGGAGCCUAUAGCAGCUACUUGAAAUGACAGACUCAACACACACCCACACAUGCAGAAAAUUCCUCCUUAAAUGAGUCCUCAAUUAGCCAUUAUGAUCUCUGGCUGUGUGAGGAAAACAGAGUGCAGGAGAAAACAAAGCAAGGCAAGCACAGACCAUGAAUUCCUGGCAGCUUACAUAUUGACGUUGGCGCCCAUGGCCAGCAUUUGUCCAAGCAUCCUGCUGACUCUCGUUGCAUCAACUGAAGCAUGUGGCUCUCCCCAGUGGUCCAGCCAGCCCGU